CUCUGCGUUUUUGCCCUGAACAAAGCAAACCAACCUUCUCUGUGGUACUACCGGGUGCUCUCACAGGGAACACUGCAAUACCUAAAUUAAACCAGUGUUUCACUCAGAGGGAGCGAGCGAGCGAGCGAGAGAGAGAGAGAGAAAUGGAGGAAGAUCAAUUAGAGAAAUUCGUGGUAGCGUAUUUGAAGAAGAAAGGGUUUAAGCAAGCUGAGCACGCUUUCCAAGAAGAACUUCAACAACAUCAGAGCAAGAACAAUUCUUCAUCCUCCAUCUCCACCAACUCCAUCACUGACCCUGACUUCGCCAAGCACCUCCUCUCAUUCUCCGAAUUGGAGAAUGUUCCAGCACGAUAUCAGGAUGGAUAUAGCAAGCUAAGGUCUUGGACUUAUAGUUCACUAGAUUUAUACAAGCAUGAGUUGCUUCGUGUGCUUUAUCCUGUAUUUAUUCAUUGUUUCAUGGAUCUGGUGGUGAAAGGGCAUAUUCAAGAAGCUCGAACCUUUUUCAAUAGUUUCCGUGAAGACCAUGAAAUGAUGCACUCACGAGACCUUCAAAAGUUGGAAGGAGUUCUUUCUCCCUCUCAUCUGGAGGAGAUGGAAUUUGCUCAUUCUCUUAGGCACAGCAAAGUCAAAAUAAAGAUAUGUCAGUACUCCUAUGAGCUUCUGCUGCAGUAUCUACACAAGACACAAUUGACCAUAAUGCUUGGGAUUAUAAAUGAGCAUAUUAACUUUCAAGUUUCUCCGGGACAGCCCAUCUCAAUCUCUGAUGAUGCCGAAGUUGUUACACUUAUUGGAAGCAGCCAGGAUGAGGCCACUCUGAUAAAUCAGAAGGAAAUACAAUGGGGGCUGCUAGAAGAUUCUUUAGAAGAACGCUUGGAAAAGAGCGGGGUUUUGCUUUCAGAUUCGGAAAAGGCUGAAGGAGAAACGAAAGAGGGGGAAUUGGAUGAGAAUAAGAAACGAUCAGUCGAAGGAGGAAAGCAAGGCUCGUCAACAAAAAAGUUGAAGAAAGACAAGGCUGCAAGUGCAACAGGGAAAACUGGGCGUCCUGAGGCCAAUGCUGUAAUUACAGCACCACGAGUUAAACCAGAGCUUGCUUUGCCAGUAAUUUCAACAGAGGUAGAAAAGUCUAUUCUUGAGGACCUAAGAAACCGUGUACAGUUGAGUAGUGUUUCACUGCCAUCUGUCAACUUCUAUACAUUUAUCAACACACAUAAUGGCUUAAACUGUUCAUCAAUAUCCCAUGAUGGUUCUUUGGUUGCUGGUGGAUUUUCAGACUCAUCAUUGAAGGUUUGGGACAUGGCAAAGCUUGGACAAGAAGCUGUUGGUUCUGUUUUGCAGGGUGAAAAUGAUACUACUUCAAGUGAACAUGUUUUAGGGUCAAACGGCGGGAAAAGAUCUUAUACAUUAUUUCAGGGUCAUUCGGGCCCGGUUUAUUCUGCCACUUUUAGCCCUCUCGGUGACUUUUUACUUUCCUCUUCAGCAGACUCGACAGUUCGGUUAUGGAGCACUACAAUGAAUGCAAAUCUUGUCUGCUAUAAAGGCCAUAAUUAUCCUGUAUGGGAUGUUCAGUUUAGUCCUCUAGGACAUUAUUUUGCCAGCGCUUCACAUGAUCGAACAGCAAGGAUUUGGUCCAUGGACAGAAUACAGCCUUUAAGAAUAAUGGCAGGGCACUUAUCUGAUGUCGAUUGUGUUCAAUGGCACGUCAACUGCAACUACAUUGCCACUGGCUCUAGUGAUAAAACAGUCCGAUUGUGGGAUGUACAAAGUGGGGAGUGUGUCCGAAUAUUUAUUGGGCACAGGAGUAUGGUUUUGUCUUUGGCAAUGUCAUCUGAUGGUCGGUAUAUGGCCUCUGGUGAUGAAGAUGGAGCAAUCAUGAUGUGGGACCUCUCAAGUGGUCGCUGUGUCACACCUUUAAUGGGUCACACCUCAUGUGUAUGGUCGCUUGCUUUCAGUUGUGAAGGCUCACUUCUUGCAUCUGGGUCUGCUGAUUGCACUGUAAAAUUAUGGGAUGUAACUGCAAGUACGAAGGUGGCAAGAACUGAAGAAAACAAAAGUGGAAAUACGAACAGACUAAGAUCAUUGAGAACGCUUCCAACCAAGUCUAGCCCUGUCUAUGCAUUGCGGUUUUCUCGAAGAAAUCUUCUUUUUGCAGCUGGAGUCCUUUCAAAAAUUGUAUAAAAUGCUCUGUCCACUGGACAAGAUCUGAGGGGUCGGGUUAUGUUUAAAUAUUUAAAUUUUUGGUCAAAGGUCUCUUACCUUGUUCAGAUUUAUUUUAUGAAAAUUUGUUGUAUAAUGUUGCAGAAUUUUCUUUGUAAAUUGUUAGUUAUGUAAAAGGUGCUGCAUUUUGGAAGAA